UGCCACAGUCUACAAUAAUGACGUUUCGUAAAAGUAAAGGAGGAACGUCGGGGAGCACCAUAAGAAUGCUACGCUCCUGCUUCACCACCGUUCGUCCCGUACUCCUGCUGGCCCUGCUCUGUGUCGCCCUGUUGCCAUCGCACAUCCACAGCCUUGAAAAUGGACUCGCCCGGACACCGCCGAUGGGCUGGCUGUCCUGGGAACGGUUUCGCUGCAACACGGACUGCGAGGGGGACCCGGAAAACUGCAUCAGCGAACACCUAUUCCGCACGAUGUCCGACUUGGUGGUGAGCGAAGGCUACGCAGCCGUGGGCUACGAGUACAUCAACGUUGACGACUGCUGGCUGGAGAAGUCGCGUGGCCCGCGCGGAGAGCUGGUGGCGGACCGGCGCCGUUUCCCGAGUGGCAUGAAGGCACUGGCCAACUAUGUGCACGCCAAGGGCCUCAAGUUCGGUAUCUACGAGGACUACGGUAACUACACGUGCGCCGGCUACCCGGGCAUUCUGGGCUUCUCGGCCAACGAUGCCGCCCAGUUCGCCUCCUGGGACGUGGACUACGUCAAGCUGGACGGGUGCUACUCGCUGCCGAUCGACAUGGACCACGGCUAUCCGGAGUUCGGGCGAAACCUCAACUCUACCGGGCGCCCGAUGGUCUACUCCUGCAGCUGGCCCGUCUACCAGAUUUAUGCCGGCAUGAACCCCAACUACUCGUCGAUCAUUCAGCAUUGCAACCUGUGGCGUAACUACGACGACAUCCAAGACUCGUGGGCAUCGCUAGAGAGCAUCAUCGACUAUUACGGCAACAAUCAGGACGCGAUCAUCCCGAAUGCUGGACCGGGUCAUUGGAACGACCCCGACAUGCUGAUCAUCGGAAACUUCGGUUUGAGCUACGAGCAAUCAAAGACACAGAUGGCGCUCUGGGCUAUUAUGGCUGCCCCACUGAUGAUGUCAGUUGAUCUUCGCACGAUUCGACCGGAGUUUAAGGCCAUCUUGCAGAAUCGGAAAAUCAUAGCCGUCGAUCAGGACCCGCUCGGUAUACAGGGACGCAGAAUCUACAAGCACAAAGGAAUAGAAAUCUGGUCCCGACCAAUCGUUCCGAUCUACCAGACGUACUAUUCGUACGCGAUCGCGUUCGUCAACCGACGAACGGACGGCACACCGUCGGAUGUGGCCGUGACUCUGCGCGAACUAGGCCUCAUUUCGCCCAGCGGCUACAGAGUUGAGGAUCUCUACGAGGAAGUCGACUACGGCAUACUGAGCCCUCAGACCAAGAUUAAGGUGAAGGUGAACCCGUCCGGAGUGGUUAUUUUGCGAGCCGAUGUACAGCCAGAGCGGUUCUCGAAGAGACCGUACAACCCGAUUUUCUAUCGCUAUCCCAACUGAGCUAUUGACUCCGGUAUUGGCGCCCUUCAGGUCGGCCGUUUCCUUACUCUGCCUCUGCCUUAGAGUUUUCUUAGUCCAAGAGCAAAUUGACGCUUUCUCAGUUUAUCAGUCAUCGUCAAACUGAAUACCGACGCCUUUUAGACAAAUCGAAGAAUGAACAUAAACCAUAUCAAAGCAAUGCUUUCAACCAGGACAUUUUAACUUGUUUUUUAAAGGAAUAGAAUUCUUCGGACAGUGUGAAGCAAAGUGGACAAAAUGGGCCACUAAUGGACGAUCGUCCUCAAAGGAUUAAAGGCUAAACUCAAUCAAAUCAUGUGCCAGUCGUGAUGGAAAUUACAAGAAAACCAACGAAUGCCACCAGCUUCUGAUAGUUCAAAGCCAAGAGGAUUGUUGGCAUGGAAACAAAAACAAGGGGAAGCUUGAAACUCUGCUCCACGCAUAGCAAAAUCUAACUAACGGGACACCGUUAAGCAAUAGGACGAUUACACGAAACGGAGAACGACCUGUUUCAACCAGAAAGGGUAACACUUUCUCGAACGGUGCUCAUCAAAUGUUGCACCGUUUCGAGGGUAGAAAAUGUGUCACUCCUUUUCUCCUUUUCAUAGGCGUAUUUCUAUAAACAAGAGGAACGAUUAGAAAUGUUUUCUCAACUCGCUGCUAGCUAGCGCUAAAAUUGGUGGCCCAUUUAUCCUCUACUCGAAGCGACGCCCCAAUCUUUCCGGGUGUGCUCUUGCAUCCGAAUUCUUGAUACGUGAUUAAGGCUAGGUUCUUGUACAUUGUACAUUGUAUAAUUUAUAAUAUAAAUGUGAGAAUUGGCACGAACAGACGUCCCGAGUCCGAAUGUGUGUGCGUUGUUUUUCUUUUAUUAUUAUUUUAAUGCUCGCGUGGAGUGAAUAAAUUCGAAGAAAU